UUUGUAUUUAGGUUUUGUGAUUACAUGGAAACAGUUUUUAGCCCAAUGUUAUUUCUGCAAACAUUAGCUAGCAGUCUCAUAAUAUGUCUAGUAGGUUUGCAAAUUGCAACUGCAAAUAUAACUGCAGGUAUAAUCUCCAAAUCAAUUAAAUAUAUCUCAUAUUUAAUCAUGGCUCUUUUUCAAUUACUGCUCUUUUGUAUACCCGGUGACGAUUUGAUAUACGAGAGUUCGAUGAUUUAUAAAACUGUGUAUACAAUUGCUUGGUAUAAACUGCCAGUUUUAGUUAAAACUGAGAUAUAUAUGCUCAUUCUGCGUAGUCAGAAAUCUAGUAAAAUAACCGCAGGCAAAUUCUAUGUAAUGCAUCUAGAAAAUUUUAAUGCAGUUUUGAGUACGGCUGCCUCGUAUUUCAUGUUGCUCCGCAGUUUUGGUUCAGAUGAAACUAUUGUCAAAUUAUAAUCGAGUAAAUGUGUAAUCGUAAAUGUGUAAUUGGAAAAUAUAAUAUUGAAAAAAUACGAUAUUUAAAAAUUGUAGAAGUUCCGUCACAGUACGGUUUGUACAGCAUUGAUUUCUCAUUAUUAUUCAUUAAUAUCCUUAUUA